GUUUUCCGCCAUUUUUGUUCUGGAUGCAGAGCUUGAUUCCCUGCGCGAGUGUGGCGGAGAGAAAUCUGUUGGCUGACACUUCGAAAAUCGUCGAGAAGCACAACAAAACGUGUAAACGAAAAGACGAUCUGAGAAAAAUCGUCACCGAUAAUCUCAUAGCUCUUGAUUACAACGCCUCCGUCUGUAAAUCCAAAUGGGAAAAAUCUCCAUCAAUUCCAGCUGGCGAGUACGAAUACAUUGAUGUGAUAAUCGAAGGCGAGAGGGUGUUGAUCGACGUGGAUUUCCGAUCGGAGUUCGAAAUCGCCCGAUCGACGAGCAGUUACAAGGCGACUCUCCAGUGUCUGCCAUACAUCUUCGUCGGAAAAUCCGACCGCCUACUCCAGAUCGUCUCCGUCGCGUCGGAGGCCGCCCGCCUGAGCCUGAAGAAGAAAGGCAUGCACAUCGCGCCGUGGCGCAAGUCGGAGUACAUGAAGUCCAAGUGGCUCAGCCCCCACACGCGCCUCACGCAGCCGAAAUUGAGCGGCGCCGCCGCCGCCGACGACGAUCAAGAGGUUUUGGAGUGCGAGGUCGGAGAGCUGGACUUGAUCUUCGGUGAGAGCAUGGCUUUUUCGGAGGAGUCUGUUAGCUCGGUAAAACCUAUAUCUUCGCCGGCGAAGGUAAUUCCUCCGGCGAUGACGUGGCAGCUGCCGGCCGUGAGGCCGAGGAGUUUAGAGAGGGGGAAUAAAGUGGUGGUCACCGGCUUAGCUUCUCUCCUCAAAGAAAAACUCUGAAGAAAUUAAUUAAAAUAAAUAAAAAGAAAAAUUUUGAUCCUCCUUUUUUUUAAUUAUAAUUAAUUUCUUUUUAGUAUUUCCUAAUUACGAAAACAAAUAUAUAGUCUUCCCUUCCCCUUCUUUUUUAUGCAGAAGGACACCAUGUAAAAAAAAAACCAAAAAAAUCUAGACCAAUCAUCAUUUUGUCAAUAAUCAAAAAUUAAUAUUUA